CACAAUCAACCAUCGGGAUGAUACGAUGAUACACACACCAUUCAGAUAUUGAAAAAGAAGAUGGAUCAGAAAGAUGUCGCUUAUUUACUACAAUUCAGACAAGGAGAGCCAACCUAAUGUUGUGCUACCCAAAAAACUGGAGAAUCUGCCAAAAUCUCUGGAGUGGCCCAAAGUAAGACAUCGAUGGAAUACUAAUGAAGAAAUUGCUUCGUUAUUAACCACUUUUGACCAACACAAUGCCUGGCAAACAACAAUUACAAAAACAAGACCACAUAGUGGAUGCUUGUUUUUGUUCAACCGAAAGAAAGUGAAACACCGAAAAGAUGGCUACAUUUGGAAGAAACGCAAAGAUGGCAAAACAACACGAGAAGACCAUAUGAAAUUGAAAGUUUUAGGUGUUGAGUGCCUAUAUGGGUGUUACGUCCAUUCUGCCAUCAUCCCAACAUUCCAUAGACGAUGUUACUGGUUGUUACAGAACCCAGACAUGGUAUUGGUACAUUACCUCAACAUGCCAGCAGAUGACUCUAAAGGGGGCGCUAUUCACUUAGGUCGUUGGAUGCCGACAACACUUCCGUUGACCAUUGACGGUAAAACCUGGACACGUGAAGAAUUGCUACAACAGAUCACACCAAUGUUUGUCGGUUCACAAAUGAAAGUAAACAACGGGAACAAGGAAUAUUCGGGAACAGAUGUUGCUGAGGCGAUAGUACAUUACUAUUUAACGCAGCAGACAAAUGAACUGCUAUCCAAGGAAAAGGUUGAGGAACAGCAGGAUCUGUCAAGACCUCUUAGAAUUCUCUUGCCAAGAAUUGACCAGCAGUUGUCAGGAUCAUCUGGAGCUCAAACAGCCUAUCAAGUGAUUCCAUGUCAUAUUCAAGGUGGCAAUGCAGGGCCAACAAUAUUGAAGAUUGUUAACCAAACUGGAGAACAGGCCAGCACCUCUGACAAUCAGCAGGUCUUGAAUUUUGACCAAUCAGCUGUACAGGGUAGUAAACUUAUUUUGAUCGCAUGUAACAAUCAGCCAACAACAACAAAUGCCAAUGGUGUGAUCCAGACACCCAGCAUGACACCUGCAACUGACCCUUGUCAAGACGCCACACACCAGAAACAUAUGUCCCCAGCUAACCUGGAAGAAGUUAGUUCUGGAACCAAAGUAAGGCUUGAACCUCCAAGGAUCACAGCAGAGGUAUCACAAGAACUCAAAGAUAUGGUUGAUAAUGACCCUAAACUACACACCUGUAAGAAUCGGUUUCAAGACCAACCGAAGAACUACCAGAAUGUGAUGAAGGUGCCAAAUGAUCUUGCAAAGCAUUUUCAGACUAUUACUAACUAUGUUGAAAGCAAUGAGAAUUGUCAUUCGCCAUCUCAAACAUAUUCCGAGGCUCAACAAACAAUCAGUACACAACAGACAAUAAAUUCCCAGCAGACUAUCAGUUCUCAACAGACUAUUAAUGCCCUUAAGACUAUAAGUGGCCAGCAGACAAUCAAUGCUCAGCAGACUAUAAAUGCCCAGCAGACUAUAAAUGCUCAACAAACUAUUAGAAGCAUGACUUUCCAGAAUAUUCCACAGAAUCAAGCACCUUGUCAGAAUUCACAAUCUUCCUCCAGUCUGCCUAUUGGUUAUGCAGAUGUUGGUCUUCAACGAACACCUGAACAGAGACAUAAUUUAGGAUCAUCAAAUGAACUAAUCAACCAGUCUUCUUUAACUAAUCAUUUAGUAUCAAGUUCUCUAAUGCCAAGACAAGAAGAAAUGCAUCCUGUGAUUUCAAGAACAGGAGUAUUGGAUACACAACACCACCAGCAACAGCAUCAACUUCAAACACAGAAACAACAACAAAACACUCAAAAUGUAUCUGGAUUUUCUACUGGCUUCAAUCAUUUCAAGAGCACUCAAACUGUGUCUUUAUCAAAUCAACUCGAAAACAAUUUCAUUUUGUCAAAUCAUGUUCAACCCUGUCUGAAUCAACCUAGAUUGAACCAGAAUGAUCUAGUUCCAGCUAGUCAGUUUGAAAUUCCUUCAACAUCAUCAAACCAAGUGAAAUCUACCCUAUCACAGACAGAUCUAAACCAGCAAAAGACUACUCAAACUGGUCAUUUUCAGCCUAUCAAUUCCAGUAACAAUCUGUGUAAUACACAACAAAGUGGUCAAAACCAGUUUUCAUUGAACCCAAAUAAUGGUUUUGAUGGUACAAACCAGUUCAUUAAUACUCAGCUUGAAUUGACAGAAUUGCUUCUGAAUCAAAAUCAGUUUGAAAUGUCAUCACAACAGUUGAAUGAGCAGACACAACUACCUAGUGCAAACAUUGUGACUCAACUGGAAAGAUCACUGAGCCAAACACAGAGACAUCAUACAACAGUCGUUGAAGAACAAUCAGUUAACCAAUCAAACCAAUGUUACCAAAAUAGUAGCGUUGGUGCAAGCCAAGUUGGUUUGUUGAGCAAACCAAUUUCUUUUCCUUCACAAUCUGCAAAUGCAUUCCCUACAACUGUCAGCUCACCACUGCCAACCUCAUCAUCUACACAUUCUCAGACCAGCAGCAGUAAUACCUCCUGCCCUACAAUGUCGUCCACUCCUCUAAAUUUACUCAAUUCACCUGAACUUGACUUGGACACAUUCGAUAUAUUUGAUAACCUUUCAACAAGCGAUGAUGACAUUUCUUUUGGUAAGCAGAACUGUCCAACCCGAGUAACACAUUCCAGUAUGGCGUUUUCCAGCCCAUCCUCUGUUGGUCACAACAUCAGUAACUCGAGUUCCAGUCUUGUAAACUCGACCGUUUCACAUGUGGCAAUGAAUGUAAGUUCUACCGAGACUGCUUUGACGGAUCUACCUGCUGAACUUGGGAUCAAUUCUUCUAACUUAGUGGAGAUAACAGACUUUUCACCAGGAUGGUCAUAUCCAGAGGGAGGAGUGAAGGUCCUAGUAACUGGUCCUUGGAACAUUCAGAAUGGAGUUUACACCUGCCUGUUUGAUGAGUUCAUCGUGCCUGCAGCAUUAAUACAGACAGGUGUACUCAGGUGUUUUUGUCCAGCUCACACGGCGGGCUUAGUGAUUUUGCGAGUAGCCCACAACAGUAUGCCCAUCUCACGUGCCGUUUUGUUUGAAUACAAGGCCCGUUCAAUGCCACAACCUAGUGCCCAACAAGACUGGCUGUCUUUGGAUGAAAAUGAAUUUAAAAUGGCCAUUUUGGAUCGCCUGGAGCAGAUUGAAAAGAGACUAGGAGAAAAUGGAGGAUUAGGACAACAGAUGCAGCAAGCAAGGGGAAAAGAAGAUGAAUCACAACCAGGCACAUCUCAACAAAUGUGCUUUGAAAAUCGUGUUGUAACAAUUUGCGAGAAGUUAAUGGCUUGCGGUCAUCAAGAGAACCUGCAGCUAAAGAUGACGUCAUCGUGGCGGGGAAUGACGCUCCUUCACCUCGCUGCCGCUCUUGGCUAUUCAAGACUCAUCACCACUCUUCACAACUGGAGGAAGAACAGGCCGAGUUUGAUUAUGGAGUUGGAAGCCGAUCCCUUGAUUGUGGAUGACAAUUCAUGCACUCCAAUGAUGUGGUCGUGUGCACUUGGUCACACCCAGACUGCGCUGCUUCUGUUUUACUGGAACCAGAGAUGUUUAACAGUAUCUGAUAGCCUUGGUCGUGUGCCCCUACAACUAGCCAAGUCACGCGGACAUGCAUCCUUGGUGCACCAGAUAGAACAGAUCCAGCACCAUUGGCAUCAGACACCCUCGACCACUAGCAUCACCAUCACUCAACCCCCUGUGGUGUCGGUCAUGGAUUCAUCUCCGUCAACAUCAGAUUCCCAGAACUGCGAUAGUUCUCUGAUGACAUUUGAAUCGCCUUCACCUUCCUCUGGAUGUCUUUCAGCAAGGUCUUUCACCCCAUUGUCCCAGUGCCUCAGCAGCCCUGCAUCUGUCCCUAGCUCGUUUUUGUCAGGGAGCGGUUCACCGUUGAGUUUAGGGACGGCUAGCCCUGGAGUCCACCAGAGUGACAGCUUCUUUAACGAACAGCAGGAAAAUAAUAAUGGGCAAUUUUUAUCAGGAAUUGGCUCAGACAAUUUCUUAACCUGCCAAGCCGAUGUCUCCAGAGAAAGCAUUCAGCGAUUCUUUGAUGGACGAGAGUCACCGAUGCAGAUGGGUGAAGGACAUUCAACCAACGAUUCUCAUUCCCUGAUUGGUAGCCUUCUUCCUCCUUUUGGUACCCCAUUUUCAAGCGAUGUUAGAAUUGAAAAAGAACAAUACCUGAGUUUAGCUGAGCAAAUCAUAGAUGCUCUGCCAGACAGAAUCAAAGGAAAUCUACCAGAGUACUCAACAUCUGCGAGGAAUGAUCCCAAUGCUCAGGGAAAUGGGACACCAAUGGAGCAGAGCCACAGUUAUGCAAACAUUGGUUCACCUGCAAGCACGGAUUCAUGCCUUCUUAGCCAAUCAGAUCUGUCGUUUGAAGAGCAAUCGCCUCCUUCCAGCAUGAGGGACUUUAUUGGGGGAACAGUGCAGAGUUUUUCACUUCUCACAUUAUCAGACCAUGAGCAGCUAGAAUUGUACAAGGCAGCUUUAGUGAUACAAAAUGCAUUCCGGCAGUACCAGGGUCGACAACGGCAAAAGCAGCAGGAGCUUGAGGCAGCUGUUAUCAUCCAAAACUAUUUUCGGCGUUAUAAGCAAGUGAAGCAGAAUUUUGACUAUGCAAACUUUUAUGCUUGCAUACAGAAUAAAAAAAUGACAGAUGCAGCACGUGUUAUUCAGAGCCGCUUCCGUGGAUAUCACAAUUACAAACAGUUCAAAAAGAGUCGGGAGGCUGCAAUUAUUAUACAAAGCCACUACCGUGCAUAUCGUGAACAGGAACGAUUCCGGCGUAGUAAACAUGCAGCGAUUGUCAUCCAGCAACGAUUCAGGCGACUGGCACAGAUAAAGCGCGAACAGUCGGCUGCUAGGAAGAUACAACGCUUUAUGAAACGUUGUCAAAACAGACCACUGUGGGAUUUAGACGAUUGAACAAAGAGUGUGUGAUAGGCAUUUGUUAAGAUAUUGGCAACCGUUUCGGUACUGAAAGCUCAUGGAACCUCAUCUGAGAGAGAGUGGUGUUUACUACAAGUUUAAACUAGGUUAAUUCAGUAACAGUAUUGUUUAUCUAGAAGGAAGAAUGAAGAGGCUUUUCAAGAUAAAUUGCUGGUAACAGUGAGUUACAUUUUUUCAACAUCAUCUUGACCAUGGAAAUACAAGUUGAUAACCAUGCUUGCAGCUGUACAAUAUCCUCAUCUUGGUUUAUACAAUUGACUCAGUUUUAGAUGAAAUUGAUAAUGCCAGAAAAUAAGUAGAAUUUUGUGUAAGCAAUUGAUAAUUCAUUUGUGUGUGAUUUUGUACCAAUUGUUGGAGUUGACAAUGUUUUUUUAUUAAUAUAUAAAUAAGAUAAUUUGAAAUAGUUGUUAAUUAUAUUAUAUCUGGAUCAAAAUGAUGAUUAUCAUCACGAGUAUCCUUUGUUAUUCUAAUUAUCAUCAAUAAUUUUAUACUUCUGUAUCAUCUUCUUUAAUGAUCUUUACAACUAAUGUGUGCUUAGUUUGUCUGAUAAUUGACAGCAGGAAUCAGACCAUCUCUUUUCGAGUGAACCAAAACAAACCCAGAUCACCAUCUCUGCUUAUAUGAAAAACUAUUCAACUGAUAAGAUACAUCAUUUACAUUCUAGAAUUCCUUGACUCAAGAGGUUAUGGACAUGGUAGUAUUAUUUGUCAGGCUACUGCCAAUAAUUGCAUACCAGGAUUGGUACUCCGUAGUUACUUAUUCUGUUCACACACAACAGCGGCAGAUCCAGGAAUUUGAAAUUAAGGAGGGACUUUCACAGAUGGAGAGUCUGGCACCUAUCAAUUUUUGUAAUUUUGAAAAAAAAAUUAUGGCGGCCCAGGACAGCUCAGCCCCCUUGAAUCCACCACUGCACAAGCAGUGGUGGCCCCAGUUUCAAACCCAUGUCCGGUCUGAGUCCAGAGUAAAGCACCUGGUUGGUGUUGUGGUGGAAAGAUUUUAUCAUUUAGGAUAGUAGAAAUUGUGCUUCUAGGCCACAAUUUUAAGAAUUGUAUCACAGCAACUUUGCAUCUGAAAAUCAUUGUUUUCAGUCCAACAACCUGUUGUGGUGUCAUACCAUGUUUGACAGAGUGUCAUUUUCUCUUCAGCACUGGGGUUGCCACUAUACACUCAAUUUCUUCACUAUUAUAGUCAUAUAAUUAGCAUAAUUCGUAGAACAAUACAGUACAUUGUAUUAGGUUAUCAGUGCAUUUACACAUCUCAUGUCAUUGGAUGCUUUGUUGAUUGUUAGGUUUCUCGCCUUCCAAUCUGAAGCCCUGUGCAAAACUCCAUUUGGUUACGCCUAAUGAGAAAUUUGUUGGCUGUCGACCGGGACUAACCACUUGCACAAUGCAACUUUAGUCCACUGACCAUUGAUGGCAGUUUUGUUAUUAAGAAUGAUCCAUCUUGUGUUACUCCACCUCAUCGUAGUUGUUUGGAAUCAAGUCAUCACCUGUUGCAAACACAGUACAUGCCAUUACUUUGUUUAAAAAUCAAAAAUCUAACUUGUAUUUUCUUUGUACAUUCCAUUUUUUAUGAUGUUGCUAUUUCUCUGUAUU